CUGUGGGCCAGCGACGACAGUCUUGAAAUAAUUCGCGAACUAUGCGGUCGCAUUACGAUGAAUACGCUCGUGCGGAAACGAAAAAUACAACAGCAACAACUACGGCAACACAAUAUAACAAAAUGUUAAAUACUAAUCAUAAUUAUAGCAACAACAACAAUCAUUUCACAUACAACAAUAAUAAUAAUAAUAGUAACAACAACUACAAUAACAGUAACAACAACAACAAUAGCAAUGGUAGCAUACCAUAUCAUGCCCGUGAAAAUUCCCUACCAUUCAGUUAUGGACAAAUUAGCAAAACAUCAACGCCAUUGAGGCCAACGGCGUCAGCCUCAGCUGCCGCGACGACGACGUCAUCAUCGGUGUCACGUAGUUAUAAAAACGGUCUUGAACAUGAUUUUGACUUUGAUUUCGAUUUCGAUUUAAGUUCUGAUCGGUACAACAACAACAACGCCAACAAUAAUAAUGAUCAUUUGCUCGGCUCUCAUGCGAAAACAUCAAAUGGUGUAAAUGGCGCCCGAUAUGCGUUGGAUGCCAAUCAUUACAAUCCAGCAACGACGGAUCGUGCAAAAAAACGUAUUGAAUUUUUGGAUACCUCCAACGGUGGUGCGGGUGUGGGUUGUACCCAAUCUCUGAGAUAUAAUAGUAAAUCGUCGAUUUCGGCAGAUGAACCGGAUCCCAGUAUGAUUAAAGUUCAGCCACGUCUCACUAGUCCUUUGCUAGUAAGAAAAACUUUGGGCAGCAGCAACAACAACAACCAUAACUCGACUAUUAGUCGCUCACCUACGCGCUCCUCUACCAAUACCAUUGCCAAUACCUACCACUACAGUUAUGGCAAUAAGAAUAGCAGUGGUGGUGGUGGUGGUGCAGGCGACAACUUUGACAAGUUUGGCUUAAAUGGCAAUAUCAGUAGCCACAACAACAGCAGCAACAACAACAACAUCUAUGGUCGCAAUACACCAACUUACGCUGGUGUUGACACACUAACAACCACUUCGAAAACCCCUGCUCGGCCUGAUUUUGAUGAAUUGUUGCGUGAGCGUCGUGAAAAGGUUUUCAAUGAAUAUCGUUCGACAACGCAAGAGGUCUUGACAACACCACCCAAUCGCUCACCCCUGCCACCGCCCAGGCGUUUUAUCAAUGGCACGGUGCAGCUACCCUCAACGCUGCCGCCCAAUCUAAACAAUGGCCGUGGAUCGUCUUUGUCAAAUUAUGGUGGCGCCCAAUAUGGGGAGAUGGGUCCUCAGGUGCCACAACGCUCUGCUGGCAAAUAUAAUUAUGAUUUUCAAUUCAAUUUGAAUUUAGAUGAACGUCAGAACGGCUUGGCGCCCAAUGAUGAUGGCCGGCCACGCCAUCAAACCCUGGAUCGAUCCCCUGUACGCUAUCGCAACUAUCAUUUGGAGCAACGACAAAACGGUGUGGCGCCCAACAAUGAUGAAGUGGACUUUGUGAAAAGUCCACCACGCCAUCAAACUCUGGAUAGAUCGCCGCAGCGUUAUCGUUCCCCCGAAACUGUGCGUCAGCAUCAAACUCUGGAUCGUUUUAUGACCACCCAUUCGAGAUAUCAGGAUGAACUGGAUUCCGACAUCUUAAGAAGGCGUCCAAAUUUGGCGCCCGAUGCCGCCUAUGGCCAGUAUCAAGAAAAGCAACAACACCAGCAAUUGUAUGAAACACGCAACAUUCCAUUGGCCUCAUACAAUGUGGAACGGAAUUAUCAGCAGCAGCAGCAGCAGACGACAACAUCAUCAGCAUCGGCCAAUGCUCCUCCGGCCUCCUCAUCCUCCUCCUUCAUGUCGGAUAUUUAUGCUACGCCUUAUGACGAUCAGUAUGCCAGCAACAAGUCAAGACCAUUAGAGGCUAACACCAAUACCAACAACCAAUUGAUCAGCAGCACCAGCACCACCACAACCAUAGAACGCACAAAUCGCCAUGAUCCGACUCCAUAUGGCAAUGGCCAGAUUUAUGGACAACAGCAAGCACAUGAUGGCAGUCGUGGCCAGGCAACAACGCCACAAAUGGCCAGAAGAAGAGAGACGUCACCUAUUUAUGCCACCAGUACCAAAAAGGUAACACAAGUAGCAGCAACAACAACAACACCAACAUCACCAGCUGCCGCACCACUGUAUCGCAGUGCAACACCGCAACAGCAUACAAAUGCCGCUGCCUCCACGGCCACAGCUUCCAUGGCCGCUUUAAAUAUCACAGAUUAUCCAGCUGCCUCACCAGGCGGCACCAUACGCCCGGAGACACCAGCAUUUCCUGUUACACCGCGCACCCCCUUUGCCACCAACUCUGGCGUCGGCAGCAGCAGCUACAACACCAUACAGCGCCACAAUGGCUCUGUCACGGAAAUCCAAAAUUAUUCCACAGAAACGUUGUAUGGCACCAAUUAUAGGCCUCGUCUAAAUUCCAGUCUUUCCAUGGCGAACAGCGAGCCCCAAGAGGUGGCAGCACAUUUGGUGAAAUUUGCCAAAGAUUCUUCGAAAUUCUGGUACAAACCCAACUUGUCCAGGGACGAGGCCCUAGCUCUGCUGCUGCAUGCCCCGCCGGGAACCUUUGUGGUACGCGAUUCAGCGACCUACAAGAAUUUCUAUGGUUUGGUAUUGCGUGUGGCCCAGCCACCGCCAGGCACGCCAUCCAGUGGCCGACCGGAUGAAUUGGUGCGCCAUUUCCUAAUAGAACCCACCACAAGGGGUGUGCGGCUCAAGGAUUGCAACAAUGAGCCCGUGUUCACCUCCCUGUCGGCCCUGAUCUAUGAACACUCCAUAAAUCGUUUGGCUCUACCUUGCCUUCUACAAAUACCUGAACGUGAUAUUGUCCAGCCUUUGGUGGAGCCAAGUCCGGCCCAAACGCAGCUGCUGACACAAGGCGCAGCCUGCAACGUGCUAUGGCUAUAUUCAUGUGACACCGAAUCUCUGACGGGCGAGGAAGCCAUACGCAAGGCCAUGCGUCAAAUGAAUGCCCCCGGCAACAAGGUAACACCCAUUGAGGUCCAUUUCAAGGUCAGCCAUCAGGGCAUCACACUGACGGACAAUACACGCAAGAAAUUCUUCCGCAAGCACUACACCGCCGACAUUAUCUCCUUCUGUGCCAUUGAUCCCGAUAAUCGCAUGUGGACCAUGCAGGAGCAUGACAAUGACAACACCACUGUGGUGGGUGCCCUCAAGAAGACCAUAUUUGCCUUUGUGGCCCGUCGUUCGGCCAGUUCCAAGGACAAUCAGUGUCAUGUUUUCUGUGAUUUGGCCAUAAAUCAGCCAGCAUCUGCCAUAGUUUCGUUUGUCAAUAAAACCCUACCCACGGAGAAGCAAAAGAACUACAUACUCUGAGCGCGAGAGAGAGAGAGAACGAGCGAUAAAAUCGAGCAGCCAAUUUUACGAAUUUCGAUAGUAAACCAACCAACCCCCACCCUUACCCCAGUUUUUUUUAACGAAAUCAGCAACAAUUACCCAUAACGAGUAUUUUUUUUAUGAUUAUUAUUAUUACCCUUUGCUUUGUUGUUAACAAAAAAAAAAAGAAAACCAAA